AAUGGUACGAUUUGUCUAAAAUCUUAAUCAGCUGGCUAAUUUAACGUCACUAAGGGCUUUUGGUAAACGGUGAACGUGAACGGUGAAGUCUUUACGACAAACUAACACACUAUCAAGCUGUUUCAUUGAUAAGCCCGCAUUUGUUGUGAGAAAGUUGCUGUUUUUUCAUCAAGCUGUCAUCCCAAAGUUGUGAUUUUCCGCCGCGAUCGGACUUCUCUGGAGAAUGAUCCGCGAGGCUUCUUUUUGUAAGAGCGCGAAAGGCUGAAGACGCGAGACUGACCGACCGUGAAGGGAGAGACUAAACAUAAGUAACUAUAAUAAAUGAAUAGCUGUUAAGACAGCCAUAUAGCCAAGUGAAUUUAACUAACAUUACCUGUGUUCAUUUAUAUUUGUAUAACUACCAAGUAGUUACCAAGCUAACUAGCCAGGCGCAUUAUUUAGUUACUGCAAGUGCCGCUAUCUUGCCAUUUAGCUCACCUUAGUUAUAACGUUAUCGUUAAGAAAGCAUAAUUUAAACUAAACAAUUAGCCAAGUCCUUGGUCAGCUAGCUAUGUCAGUAACCUGUAAAAUCGAGCCCGGGUCGUCUCCGGCAGACGUUUACUCGACAAUCCCAGUGGAAGUGACCGUAAGUCACGAAUGCACCGUGUCAAGUGCCCCGUGCAGCGAAGGGAUGGCCCUGAACUCCGUGUCUGAGCUGAACCUGGUGGAGAUGACCGAGGUCGAGUACACGCAUCUCCAACACAUCAUCUACUCGCAAAUGGAGGCGCAAAACGCGGAGCAGGAAGGAAGCGGCAAGUUAAACUCCGGCUACCCGGCGAGCAGCCCGCCGGCCGUUCAGACGGUGUACCCGAGCUGCGACCCGCACGGCGAAGCGGAAUACGCCGCCAGAACGCCCAGCCCCACAGUGGGGCAGGCGAACACCCCGACCUCGGAGUCGCAGUACCUCUCGGCGAGCUCGGACCAGCAGGGCGACUUCCAGGAGAUUAAGAUGAUUCUGAUGAACGAGAGCGUCCACCUGCCGGAGCGGACGCCGACCACUUGCGGCGAGGUCCCGGGUUCUGUGUUAGCUAAAGUGAGAAGCGCGAUGGAAGCCGGGGAGCACAGAGCGGGUGCGGGCGACGGCAGAAGCGCACCGCUGGACGCGAGACCCAACCCCGCCGCUCGAGUGCGCCUGGAGAAGAGGUUUAACUGCAGCCCCUGCGACGUCUCCAGGCUCCCUGACCCUCAUGAGCAAUCUGCAGCUCUGAGCAACGUUUUGUCUAAACUUCAUCAUCCCACGGAGUUACUUGGAGUCGCGAUGCAGUCUCAGCCGGGCAAAUGCUUGAAGGUGGGCCGCACUAAACCGACGUCUUCACGGCCGCUGGAGUUUCCAUACCCGGUGUUCAGCAGGAACAUGUGCAACUCCAUGGUCAGUGUUCCUCAAGCACAGGGUAUUGGAUCCAUCUCCCACAUGCUGGAAUCUGCCAAGCACCAGGACCUGAUCAUUCCCAGGAACUUCAGCUUCAGUUACCAACAGGAUACUGCCCCCACAAAGGCAGCCCUUCGCAAUCAGAGCAAACAAGUCAUUGAACCUGAAGUCUGGAUAAAGAUGGAAGAGGAGGACCUGCGGAAGCCAGCGCCCCCUAGGCGUGGCCGGGGUAGGCGGCGACAGGCGUGUCCUGAGCGCCCCGCUCUCAACGACAUCCAGAAUGCAACUGCAGGGCAGGGCGCUGGCAGCAGCUGCAAGAUCAGCCUGAAGACCGGGGACACGGGGGAGAAUUCACAGAGGAGAGAGAGGCACAACAUCAUGGAGCGUGAUCGCAGGCGUAGGAUUCGCAUCUGCUGUGAUGAGCUGAACAUGCUGGUGCCGUUCUGCAACAGGGAUACAGACAAGGCCACGACCCUGCAGUGGACCACUGCCUUCCUCAAAUACAUCAAGGAGAUCCACGGGGACAGCCUGAAAAUGGUCUGCACUGCCCAUGCUACUAACCCUGACCUCCAUGAUCAUCAUGACCUCAAUCCACUCACAGUAAUUUUUCUCACCUUCAGAAAAAAAACCAAUCAACAGAACAUUCAGUCUAACUGCUAUGGGGCUAUAUUCUUAGAUUUGUGUAACCAAGACUGUAUUCACACAUACUUCAGUUAGCUCAAAAGCAGAAUCUACCUACAGCACUGCCUCUUGUAGCUAGCAUGUCCACACACACAUUUUAUUGUAAGGGUGAGGACACUGCCCGCUCACCUGUAUUUACUCUUUUCCACUAUGUUUGCAUGUGAAAUGAGCAAAAGAACAUUGUGUGAAAAUACAAAAAUACAACAGUUCCUGAAAUCAGGUUUUCAAGGUAAAGGAAAAAGUGCAGUAGAGUUUAGAUUGUCUGCCCCUCCUCCCCACUGUAGAGUUAUUGCCUGGCUUU